AUGGUGAGAGGCAAUGUAACCGUCAUCUCAGAAUUCCUCCUCCUGGGACUGUCAGAGGUACCUGAGCAUCAGCUGUUCAUCUUCAGCCUGUUCCUGUCCAUGUACCUGGUCACUGUGGUAGGAAACCUGCUCAUCAUCCUGGCCAUCAGCUCUGCUCCCAACCUCCACACUCCCAUGUACUUUUUCAUAGCCAACCUGUCCUGUGUUGACAUCUGCUUCACCUCUGUCACUAUACCAAAGAUGCUGCUAAAUAUUCAAACCCAGAGCCAAUCCAUCCUUUAUGUUGGGUGCCUCACUCAGAUGUAUUUUCUAAUUUUAUUUCUAGAACUAGAUAAUGUCCUCUUGGCAGUGAUGGCAUAUGACAGAUUUGUAGCCAUAUGUCACCCUCUUCACUAUGCCACAAUCAUGAGUCCCAAAUUCUGUAUCACCUCUGUGUCUUUGGCUGUGAUUAUUACAAACAUCUAUCCCUUGAUCCACACACUCCUUAUGGAUACAUUGUCAUUCUGUGCAAGUGUUAGAAUUCACCAUAUUUUCUGUGAACUCUAUGCACUACUAAAACUUUCCUGUUCAGAUAUUCAUAUCAAUGAGUUAGUUGUUUACACCUUGGGGAGCCUUCUUUUUGUUACUCCCUUCCUCUUUAUUUUUCUCUCUUAUAAGAGUAUUUUCUUAGCUAUACUAAGACUGCAUUCUCUCCAGAGCAAGUUGAAAGCUUUUUCCACUUGUAGCUCUCAUCUUGCAGUGGUGUCUUUGUUCUAUGGGACGCUAUUUGGGGUCUAUCUGCGACCUUCCUCUUCCUACACAGCUGAAGACUCUGUGGCUACAGUGCUGUAUGCAGUGGUGGCUCCCAUGCUUAACCCGUUCAUUUACAGCCUAAGAAAUAAGGACAUGAAGCAGGCCUUAAGGAGCCUCCUCAGUUGGAGACAGGUCUGGUCUUGGUGA